AUGGCCAAUGGGUAUCCUCGCAACUUUAUCGAACGCGGCAGACAGACCGGACCGAGCCGACGUUUGGUGACAGAACAACCAACAAUAUGGCGGGCGCUUCCAUACAUCGACGGCCUUUCUGAGGCCGUCUCGCGUCUUUUAAGACCGCUGGGGAUCGGCAUCGCCUACCGACCGGAGUCAACGAUUCGACAUCUGGUCAUGAGACCUAAGGCCCCUCUGCCACCAGGUGAAACCACGAACGUCAUCUACCGGAUCCGGUGUAACUCCUGUGAAGUCAACUACAUUGGGGAGACCGGAAAACGGCUACAAACUCGUGUUGGAAAACACAUGAGGGCAUUAAGGCGAAUGGACCCUUUGUCUCUGGUGGUUGAACACUGCGCCGAUGCCAGACACACGUUCGCCUUUCAGCAUGCCGAAAUUCUGGGCCGGGGAAACGAUCGCAUAGCCAGGGAAACAAUCGAGGCUUGGCACACGGGGACAACCUCCAUCAACCGCUGUGUGGCUCUUCCCGCUGCCUAUCAAGCCCUUCGAGCGCAGCUCAGUAAACAAUUGAGCAGACGUGCACCCAGGCUAAACAUGAAUCCAGACAUGAGCGAGUCCAUGGCGGAUACACACUCAGUCACCCCUCAACCGGGUUCCGACGAAGGCUCAGUCCUCAUCACAGCCGGUCCAUCUACUAGUCCGGCGGACAAGAAAACGGACAGUCGUUGCGGCGUAAACAAGAUUGCCAGUCGUGAACGACAGCCACGCUCAAUGAAGGUACGAACGACGACCACCAACGUCUUAACGCCGGCCUCCGAUGUAGAUUGA